GCGGCGGGCGACGAGGAGGCGCUGGCGCAGCUGCGGCCGCUGCUGGAGGUGCAGGAUGAAAACCUGGUGACGGGGCGCAUCGUGGCCAUCACGGGAGGUGACCCCGACCGUGCCGAGCAGCUGCUGCUGUCCAGCUCCCGCCCCACCGCCGCCAUCGAGGUGCGGCGCCAGCUGGGCCACUGGGAUCGCGCCAUCGAGCUGGCUGAAGAGCUGGAGCCGCAUGCGGUGGGCAGCCUGUCGCUGCUGCGGGCGCAGGCACUGGAGGCGGAUGGGCAGGUGGGCGCAGCCAUGGCUUUGUACCAGCAGGCUGUGGCGGAGCCAGACCUCGUGACGGGAGGUGCCGCGGCCGCGUACCAGCGCCGGGCCGAGUGCGAGGCGGGCAUGGCUAGGUGCAGCAUCCUGCUGGGGGAUGUGGAGCAGGGCAUGGAGCUGGCAGCGGCCAGCGGCAGCGCCGACCUCGUGCUGGAGUGCGCUGCGCUGCUGGACCAGGCGCAGCAUGCCAAGGAGGCGGGGCAGCUGUAUGCUCAGGCGGGGCAGCCCGAGCGCGCGGCGCGGCUCUUCCUGAGCUGCCGCGAGUUUUCACUGCUGGAUGGCAUGAUGACGCACGCCGGCAGCCCCGAGCUGUGGCUCAAGUAUGCCCAGACCAAGGAAGACCUGGGCAGCUUCCGAGAUGCCGUGCAUGCAUACGAGCAGGCGGGCGACAUCCCGGCGGCAGUGCGGGUGCUGCUGGAGCGCCUGGAGGAUGCUGACUCAGCCGCCCAGCUGGCACAGCGUGCGCACAGCGCGGAGGCCAGCCUGGCGGUGGCCCGCCACUGCGAGCGCAGCGGCAGGCUGGAGCUGGCCAUGGAGCUGUACUGCACCGGAGGCAACUGUACCGCAGCUUUCCUGCUGGCCCAGCGCAACGGCUGCAUGGCCGCGUUUGCCGACUGGGCGCGCCGCCACGCCAGCGCCGAGGCCGCCCAGCUGGCGGCCACCCACUACGAAGUGGACAAGCAGCUGGCGCUGGCCGCAGAGCUCAGCGCGCUGGCGGGCAAGCACGAGCACGCGGCCCGGCUCUUCAUCCAGGCAAGCGCAGCGCUGCCCUUCUGCCAGCACAUCUACUCCACGCCCACACCCGGUCCUCCAAGCUGCCACCACACUCCGCUAUGUGCCGGUGGCGACUCCAUCGCUGCCGCCAUCCAGCUGGCUGGGGACGUCAAAGAGCCCGCUGUUGUGGCGGUGGUGCUGGAGCACCUGCAGGCGGUGGAUGCUGUAGGGCCCGCAUUGCUGGAGCUCCACCUCAGGCUGGGCAACAGCGAGCAGGCCUGCGCGGUAGCGGUGGCCCGUGCCCAGCAGGAGCAGGCGAAUGGCAACUACAAGGUGGCACGGGACCAGCUGCUCCAAGUGUGCCUGCAGCUGCAGCAGCACGGCGCCGCCGCCACCCAGCCCCUGCUCUCCGCGCUGCACCUGCUGCACACCUACCUCCUGGUUCGCCAGCUGGUGCGGCAGGGGGACCAUCUGGCAGCCGCCCGCCUGCUGCUGGUGGUGGCCGACAGCAUACAGGCCUUCCCCAAGCAUGUGGUGCCCAUCCUGACGUCUACCGUCAUUGAGUGCCACCGCGCCGCGCUGCACAGCCCCGCUCAGCGCUGGGCGGCGGUGCUGACUGACCAGCAUGCCGGCCAGGUGUCGGCGGCCUAUGCCAAGAAGAUUGAGGCAAUCGCCAAGCAGCCCGCCUGGACGGCCGACGGGGAGCUGGCAGAGCCGCUGGGCGACUGCCUGUUCUGCGGCGCCGCCGGCCCCGACACCAGCCUGGCCUGCACUACAUGCCAGCGGGCGCUGCCGUUCUGCGCCGCCAGCGGCAAGCGCAUGCUGCUGGGCGACUGGAGCGAGUGCCCCAGCUGCCACUUUCCGUGCCGCGGCCGCGACAUGACUCACGCAGCCUCUGUGGAGCACGCGUGCCCGCUGUGUGAGGCGGCGGUGGAGGUGCACGACGUGCGCCGCAUCUUUGACCCCAUCUCCCACUGCCGCCGCACCGUGUUUGCGGGCAUGCUGGCGGGCAGCCGCAAGGAGCGGCCGUGA